AAUCGAUCAUUUUAAGUUCGUACGUAUUCACCAAACCAAUGGCUUCAAUCACUUCCUCAUACAAGAAAUACCAAAUCAGAAACCGAAACCCUAACCCUGAAACCUCCGUCCUUUUAAUAAUCGACAUGCAAAAUUACUUCUCCACCAUCGCCAACCCAAUCAUCCCACCACUCACCUCCACAAUCCAAACCUGCCGUCGCGCUUCCAUCCCCGUCAUCUUCACGCGCCACUGCCACAAAUCCCCCGCCGACUACGCCAUGCUCGGAGAGUGGUGGAACAACGACCUCAUCAUCGACGGCACGCCAGAGUCCGAACUGAUGCCGGAUCUGCCACGGCGGGCGGAGGAUCCGGUGGUGGAGAAGAACACGUAUAGCGCGUUUAGGGGGACAGGGUUGGAGGAGAGGUUGAAGGAGAUGGGGGUGGAGGAGGUGAUUGUGACGGGGGUGAUGACGAAUUUGUGCUGUGAGACGACGGCUAGAGAGGCGUUUGUGAGGGGGUUUAGGGUGUUUUUUUCGACGGAUGCGACGGCGACGUCUACGGAGGAGUUGCAUGAAGCGACGUUGAAGAAUAUGGCGUAUGGGUUUGCGUAUUUGGUUGAUUGCAAGAGUCUCGAACGUGCUUUGUGUCUGUGAUUUGAUUGCCACGGUGGUGUAUUUAGUAAAUACUUGCUGUGUUAUUGAUUUAGUGUUUUGAUCGGUAUCGGUUUGUUACGUUACACUGUCGGUACAAGUCUGGUACUUAGUAUAGCUUUGGCUAUAGCUUACUUUGCUAGAAAAAAUACUUUGUUGUGUUACGUUGAGAAAAUCAUAAAAACAAAUAUUCUCGGUUGUGGCA